AUGGAGGAGAUGAUGGAGGAGGUGAUGGAGGAGGUGAUGGAGGAGGUGAUGGAGGAGAUGGAGGAGGUGAUGGAGGAGAUGGAGGAGGUGAUGGAGGAGGUGAUGGAGCAGGUGAUGGAGGAGGUGAUGGAGGAGGAGGUGAUGGAGGAGGUGAUGGAGGAGGUGACGGAGGAGGUGAUGGAGGAGGUGAUGGAGGAGGUGAUGGAGGAGGUGAUGGUGGAGGUGAUGGAGGAGGUGAUGGAGGAGGUGAUGGAGGAGGUGAUGGAGCAGGUGAUGGAGGAGGUGAUGGAGGAGGUGAUGGAGGAGGUGAUGGAGGAGCUGAUGGAGGAGGUGAUGGAGGAGAUGAUGGAGGAGGUGAUGGAGGAGGUGAUGGAGCAGGUGAUGGAGGAGGUGAUGGAGGAGGUGAUGAGGAGGUGA